AUGGACUCGAAUCCAUCCUUUCGAGGGGUAUCAGCUCUUCUGCAACUGAGGCUGGUCCGCGAGCUGGAGCAGUCGCGUCUUCGGCUCACCGAAGCGUUGGAGCGUUUAAAUGCACAGCUCUGUCAUGCGGAAGCCCAAGGCAGAAGAGAUCGUGAUCUUAUUCUCGCCUUGCAAAGCAAGGUUCUCAAGCUGGAAUCCUCCUUGCACGACACCACCGCGAGCAAGAAGGUAGAGAAGUCAUCAAGUGGCUUGAAGUCCUUGGUGCUCAAACCUAAGAAGUGGCUACAACGUGCUGCUCGCUUUGCAAAGUCUGAGAGACGUGUUUCCCCCAAGACUGAUGUCGAAGCGGACUCGGAGAAUUCGCAUCUUCAGAGAAUCUUUGAACAGCUUCCGCCGGAAAUCGACCUCAGCACUGUUGUGUUGCCCGCUGAACUCAGAGCUCGGUCGAAACCACAACAGACGACCACCGGUACCUCGAUCGAAGCGAGCUCACGGUUGUGCGACUCGAACGCCGCGACGAACAGUGCGACAUCAACGACUUUCGCGUCUCUGUUUGCCGGGCCACAGGACAACACGAUCCGAGACCCAAUCUUCACUGCCGAGUUUUUCACUAGGGAGUUUAAGUCCCUUUUCGGAAGCAUAGAAGAUUGGGCGAAGAAAUACUCCAAGACGCGAGAUGACUGGGACACCGGCUAUAACGCCAUGAGUGAUGAAUUCAGAGUGAACUUAGACUUUGCUGCCGACGUUUCAUCUGCAAUUUUGUUGCUGCUAAAUGAAAACCGAUUCCUGGCGAUUACCAAGGUUAUCGCCACCUUCCUCAUGAGAUCGGUUUUGUGCUUGGAUGUUUUCAGAGGUUUUGAUCGAGAAAUCGACAUGGAUAUCUCGCGAAUGUCUAGGCUUCUUCCUGAUGAGCUUCAUGCCCAAAGACGUGAUUCAUUUUAUGGCGCAAUAGGAUUGCAAGUGCUGCGUCUUCGCAACCGGCUCUUUUUCGAAAACUUUUUCCACAAGCGCAUGAACGAGAAUACCAACGCGUUGUUUGAGCAGCUCUCUCCAUUCAUUUACUCCGUGGGAACCCAGGCCUGGGUUGACCUGGCUAAAGUGAUGAAAGCUGCUCACAACGUAUCUCUUUACAUGCACUCUGGACCGUACGAGUUCAAUAUCAAAUACAGUCCAGUCAACGUUCGCUUUGAAGGAGGGACUCCACGAAUUAUCACGUUAAAUAUCACGCCAAAGAUCGGCUUCCGCAACGUAAAUAUUCAGUUUCCAGGCCAGUUGCGGCGGGUGGCAGAUGGAGAAUUCGUGGUUGAAAAGGACUUGGCUCCGCUGCCAGCGUUAGCUAGAAAGCUCCAGGAAACAGGGAGGGUAUCUUACCGCCGGAGGACCCUCGAAAACGCCCCUUGGAGAGGCGGGGCCGCAAGCAUCACCACCAAGGCCAACUAUGCCUAG